AUGCUGUUUAGAGAUCUGGCAGAACUGGCAGAUAAAGCAUCCAAGUACGAGGAGCUGCUCAGGGAAGAACAGCAGAAGAGGAACUCUUCCAAAGGCACAUAUUACAAAUCUCAUUCUUCUUCAAUACAUCUGAUUGAGGUAGAGUCAGAAGAAGAUGCAGAAGGCUCGGAGGAGAGAGAGAUUGCAGUGGCAGAAAUGUCAAAAUUAAAACACCUCAUCAGUUGUAAGGCUCUUACAAAGCCUCCAAGAGAUCAGAAGCCGCCACUAUUCACAGGAAGGUUUGUUCCAAACAAACCAACACAAAACAAGGUUUAUUCCUUUGAUCUGACCAAGGUGGAUGCUUUAUUUGAUGAAAUGUUGCUACAUAAAGCAAUAGAGAUGCCCCACAGGAUGCCCAAGCCAGAAGAACUCAAAGGCAGACAGUAUUGCAGAUGGCACAACUAUUGCAGUUGUGUUAUUUUCAGAGAUGUUAUACAGGAAAGGAUAACAAGAGGAAGGCUAAAGUUGGCGGAGAAACCUCCAUCUGUCACAACAGACCCUUGUCCCCAACCACAAGUCAACAUGGUCAACUUAAAUUGGCCAGAACAGAAGAGGAGCAGACUAGCAACAGAAGCUAGCUCCAACAGAGGCAAAAUAGCUUCAAGGGAGACUAUUGAAAGACCAAAGGCAACCAUCUCAGCUGGGGUAGUGCUCUGUAGCAAGUGCAGAUGUGAAGUUGAGCUAGAAGUGGUCCUGGACAGACAGAACCAGCCCACUCCGAGUGUUUUUGACUGGAUUGGAACUACAUCCCAUGAUAGAGCAAGGCAGGAGGACUAUCCAAGGCCUGUCCGACGCAGCAGGGGAAUGACUAAGCAACCCAAGGAGGAAAUAUCAAUAAAAAUGCCCGGGAAUGAGAAACCUCUGGCAGCUAUCAUAGAAGGCAGGUGGUAUUAUGUCGGGAAGAGUGGCAGACCAACUAUGGAGCUAACCAGAACUUAG